GUAGAUAUGGGCUGCUGACUUCUAGCCUCUAGGACUUGAGCAGCAGUAGAACUCGGACUUGGCCCAGCUUGUGAGAAAACCCUUAUCUUUACACAUUUCCCCACUGAAAGCAACGUUUAUCCCCAAAGUGUUGAGUCUCCAGUUUUCCUUUACUCAUCCCCAUAGCUCAAGCUGAAACAAAAUUCCCCAGAAGCAGCAGCAGCAGCAGCAGCAGGAGGAAAAGCCAUGUCACCUGGACCAGUGGUUGAGCCCGCCGAGCCCGAGACUGUGCCCCAGGCCCUCGCCACCGACGACCCCAAGAAGGACCCUGAAUUUCAGAAAGAUGAGGUUGUCGUCGAGGAUGUGAAGGAGGAUGAGAAGGAAGAUGACGAAGAUGAUGAGGACGAUGACGACGACGAGGAUGAGAAAGAGGAUGGGAUUCAAGGUGCGAAUGAGAGUUCCAAGCAGAGCAGAAGCGAAAAGAAGAGUCGCAAGGCAAUGUUGAAGUUGGGUAUGAAACCUGUUACUGGUGUUAGCAGGGUCACCAUCAAGAGAACCAAAAAUGUCCUUUUUUUCAUCUCAAAACCUGAUGUCUUUAAAAGCCCACAUUCCGAGACGUAUGUCAUAUUUGGAGAGGCAAAGAUAGAGGAUUUGAGCUCACAGCUGCAGACGCAGGCUGCCCAGCAGUUCAGGAUGCCAGACAUGGGAUCCGUUAUGGCAAAACCAGACACUUCUGCUUCUGCUGGAGUGCAGGUGGAUGAAGAAGAGGAGGAAGUUGAUGAAGCUGGGGUGGAGCCUCGAGACAUUGAUUUGGUCAUGACACAGGCAGGUGUGUCAAGGAGCAAGGCUGUCAAGGCUCUCAAGACUCACAGUGGGGACAUCGUGAGUGCUAUUAUGGAGCUCACCACUUAAAUAGGUUUCACAGUCUAUUCUUCCUUGUUGCUUUCAGACGAUGAGUUUUGCCGUUUUGAUAUUUAUGUCAGCAUUUAGUUAUUUCAGUCAA